AUGCCCUUGUCAGACUUAUCAACACGCCAGUCUCUGUUCCUCACGGCAGCUGCAACAGCUGUAGCUACUACUUCAGUCAUACUUUCAUAUCAAGCUCUACGACGAGAACAUCGAACGACCAAGCUAAAGCAGCAAGUAGGAGAAGAUGUAGAAGAAUGGGAAAGAAGUAGAGCAGGCAGUGGAUUAGGUACACCCGAUGAGAAGAUUGAGAGGAUGGUCAGGAAAGAUAAGGAAUGGCGUAAAGGUGAAUUCGAUGAAGGAUUAAUAAGGGAGCAGCUCACACGGAACUACAAUUUCCUGGGAGAAGAGUCGAUGGCAAAGGUGCGGAACUCUUUUGUGGUAGUGGUAGGCUGUGGAGGAGUAGGUAGUUGGUGCGCUUUGAUGUUGCUUAGAAGUGGUGUUGGACGUAUAUUACUUAUAGAUUUCGAUCUCACAACCUUGUCAUCUUUAAAUCGACAUGCGUGUGCUACUUUAGAAGAUGUGGGUACACCGAAAGUUAUAGCUACGCAAAAGUACUUCAAAAAGGUAGCGCCUUGGGCACAGGUUGAUGUUCAAGUAGGAUUAUGGCGUAAGGGGGCAGAAGCUGAAAAAUGGUUAGAAGGUGCAGAUUGGGUAGUUGAUGCUAUAGAUAAUAUAGAAACUAAAGCGGAUCUAUUGACUCAUUGUCAUAAAAAUGGGUUGAAGGUAUUCGCAAGUAUGGGUGCAGGAGCGAAGAAGGAUUCUACAAGAGUUCAGAUUGCGGAUAUAACAAAUACAUAUGAAGAUCCAUUGGCACGAUCUGUCAGAAGGAAGCUGAGGAUGAAUGGAGUCAAUGGCGGUAUACCUGUUGUAUACUCCACCGAAACACCCUCAGAUAUCAAACUUCUCCCAUUGCCAGAAGAAGAAUUCCAAAAGGGAGCUGUCAAAGAACUGCAAGCAUUCGAUGAUUUCCGAGUCCGAAUUUUACCCGUCCUAGGUCCUCUACCAGCGAUUUUCGGCUUGAAUAUCGCUACUUAUAUAUUACUUGAUCUUGCUGGGAAACCGUUGACGGAUUAUUCUGAGAUCAAGAAUCGUAAAAAGCUAUAUCAAACAUUAGAAAAAGGAUUAGCCAGAUCUGAGAAAAACUUUAAGAAAUUGUUCGAAAUGGAGAAAUUACCAAUUACUGUUGACGACAUUGGGUUUGUUUUCGAUGAUUUAUAUAGUGGUAGAUCAUCAAUACCACCUCAUGAAGUUUUGUCGAAACCUACAGUGACAAGGUGGGAUAGAGAUAGGGAUUUAUCUGAAGAUAACCUAGUGGUCAUGAGCGUUAAACAACAUAUCAAACAUGAAAAAGAAUGCUUGAACGAAGGUAAACCACUCAAAGAAGUUUGGGGUGAAGAAGCUGUCAUGAAAAUCAACCGAAAAAGUGAAGAAGCUAGAAGGGUUUUAUCGUGGAGAAGGGAUUAG